AUGGUAGAGGAUGGUGAGGAGGAAGUUGCCCCAAGAAGUGAGACUCCAAUUGAAACGACGGUACAAGAAGAUACGGCGCAGCAGGCGAGUCCAGAACCGUUAGCAACCCCACAAUCAGAUACUGUAGACUCCUUAUCCCAGGGGGUAAGCGCCGGAGACCAGACGGGAGAGACCGCACAGAGCGAAGAUGCAACAUUGGAGACAGGUGCUGAAACAGAAGAAGAUGUUCAAAGAAGUCCCGCAAAGGAGCACCAACCCAGGAAUAAUUCAGACGUGGAAUCGCAGAACACUACUAAAGGUGACAACCAGGAGAAGAAUGAUCCAGACGUCAUAUCUCAGAAAAGUUCGAUACCGGACACCACACCCAUUGAUAUAGGAUCCGGGCCGUAUUCUAUAUUUCCGAUCAUCAGAGAUCUCCCCAAUGACGUGACUUACACUUGCUUCGAGUGUUACGACGAGCAUGUAUACUUGGGCACCAAUACGGGUGAACUAUUGCAUUAUUUUGAAAUAGAAGAGGGCCAUUACAUGCUGGUCUCUAGGACACAUUUUGACUCGACAACGAGCGCCCCAAUUGAAAGGAUUAUCUUGCUUCCGAUAAUAGAAAGAGCUUUGGUGUUCAGUAACCGCCAGUUGUUUUUGUUUCUACUGCCAGAGUUUGCCCCCGUACCGAACAGUCACAGAGUGCGGAAACUAAACGAGGUUGUAUUGGAGAGUUGGGGAGGUAAUAAGGAUAAAUACAGAAUAAUCGUAUUCACUAAAGAUGGAGCCAGUAUUUUGAAAGUAUCUGAAACAAAUUUCCAAAGAGUUCGGAAACUACCAGACUUGAAAGGUAUUACACGCGCCUCAAUUAAGGACAAGACGUUAAUAUGCUCCGCGGAUAAUAAGUACCAGAUCAUCAGUCUGCAAAAUGGUCAAACUACGCCGCUAUUCAAGAUCAGUGAAGUCGAGUCAACGGUGAUGGCCCCCAUUAUAGUUGAUCUGGGGUCGGAUGAGUUUUUAGUGUGCUCUGGUGGAGAAACAAGUAAGGAUGAGGCGAUGGCAUUGAUCUUAAAUUAUACGGGUGACAUUAGCCAAGGAACGCUUGUAUUGAAAGAAUACCCCAGGGCCGUGCAUGCGGAUUACCCACACAUACUGAUCACGUAUGACUCCGGUGAAACGUGUGUAUACUGUUUGUCCACGAACGAAGAACCACGAAUAGUGCAAGUGAUGAACUCAAAUAAGAACAAUCCAUUGCAAUUGGGGAAGACUUUGAAAAAGUUCAAGAAUUUUGCGAGGGAUGAGAAAACUGCCGCGAGACGAGAUAGUAUCGUUGAUAAGCUUCGAUAUACCGCUUACAGCUCACACACAGACAUUUCAUCUGCUUUCCAAUUCAGGAUAGAUCGGGAGCGGGCUCAUGUCGAAGACUUGUUCGAGGAGACCACGUCUAACCUGCUUUGUGACGGACACACGCUUUAUGGUUUGAUAGCGUCACCCUUUUUCAUGCGCAUAAACAGUUUUACGGAAGAUGAACUGACAUCGAUAGAGAGUUACUUGGAGCUGCUCUCCAAAAAACCCAAACUUUCCAGUUUCCUGUCCAUCGAGUUCAAAUAUUUGAUUCUAUUGAGCCUCUUGCUGCAGUUGCUUCACUGCCAAAGUAUAGGCAUUGAUAUUAUCAAAAAAUGGGCGCUUCAAAUAGAGGUUAUUGACCUCCGGAUCUUGUUUAUCUUGUUUGGACUGCGCGUAUACGGGGAAUGCUGGGCUUUUAACGGUCUGAAAAGUUUAGUGGAGAACUUGCAGUCACUUAAGCUUGUCAACAAAUGCAGCAACAACUGCAGCAUAGUUCAAAUCUUAAAGUUAUUGAGGGAAACUUUGAGGAAAUAUGGCCGAGAGGGGAAGGGGAAACACAUGGCCCAUUAUGCAUCGAUUUCCAAGACGGUAGAUGUCAAUCUGUUCAUUGAACUGUUAAAGACUACCGGUGAUAUAGACAUUGGUGAUUUUGAGAGCGAGAAUUUAGAAGAGAUCAUAUCCUUGGUAGCUGACGACCCCAACUGCCCGAAGGAUCUAUUACAAAAAUUGUAUGAAAAGCGCGGGAUGAUCUCCGAGGUAAUAACACUGCUAAAGGACCAGGGGAAGGUCGAUGAAGCGCUGUCGUUUAUGAAGUCUAACGUUAGUAAGAUGACGAGCCAGUACAUCGGUGAUCAUCUACUGGAUGACAUAAUGUUUUGCAUUGUUGCAUUGAUGGAGGGUGAAGAGGACAUAGAGACGCACUAUAUCAAGGAGAUCCUUGGUAUUUUGAGUGCCGCCAAGAUAGAUUUCCACGAUUUGAUAGAGAGGGUGGAUACUCAAAACUUGAACGUCGUUUUGAGAGUACACAUCCUGGAGAGUAUUGGUGUGCAGAAGGAUUCGGACAAGAACUUCUUGAUAAAUUAUUACAUGGGUCAUUUGGAGGAGACCAUUCAAAGUGGGAAACUGUGGGAGUUGCUGGACAUGUUUUUGGAAGAGUACAAGCACGAUUUCAACUACUCGAAGAUGGACAUACGAAAUUAUCUGCUCACAAGGCUGAAGUAUAACGACAGGUGCGAAAACUUUCUUACGAAAUACGACAGUCUCAUAUCUGUCUGCGGUGAUGACCCGCGGCUGUUGAACGUUUUAAAGUGCGAAGUUUCCCGCAUCGAUAGGGGCAAUGUGCUGUUGAUACUGUUUUUCUUCAAGCACGGUGACGAGGGACUGGAGUGUUCCGUAUUGCCGCCUGAUCAAUUCUUCAAAGUCCUCAUGAACGUGCACGAUUUCUCCGAGCUUGACAAACUGGUCACUGUGGACAACCUUGUCGAGAUCAUGUCUCAUUACUCUGCGCUCGCGACCCCCACAUUCGCGGGCAGUUUAAUAGUCGAGCUUUUGCAGCGGAACAUCCAGCUUGUGCACGGCAAUGCGACUUUGUUGCUGGCCGUUUUACAGGACAUACCUCCUGACGUUCCCCUGUCCGUGAUGGACUCGUUUCUGUCCCCCCUGCUGAGGGACUAUGACUUUCGAGAUAGGAACAUGGAGAUAGUUAAGAAAUUCUGUAAAGUGGAGCUAUCCAUUUACAACAGGGCGGUAGCAUCCGCUGCAUCGGACACUUAG